CCCGAGGACAGAGACGCCCUGAGUCCCCUGGAGGCGUCAUGCGGAGUUGGGAGCUUGGACGGUCCGGAGCUAUGUUCCCAUGUCCCAUGGCGUGGCGCCGCCCUCCUCCCUCUCGUUGCUUUUUCGACGUCCUGCGACCCGUGGAGAAGCCCGUGGAUCCGUGGACCUCUCCGGCCGCCCGUCGCCCGCCGCAAAUCACCAAGGCCCCGGUUUUUUUCUCAGGAACCCGAACAAUGCACCCGCCGCACAACCGAUGGUACCGAUCCGUACAGAUACUCUACUUAGGUAAGUCGUAACAGAGGCUCGGAGCGAAGAACUCGGGAGGGGGUUUCUGUGGAAAGGGGCAGAAUGGCCAGGAUUCCAGACCCUUCAGCCCCCAGACUGCUGGAAGGCCCAGACAAACGGGCGAGAAGGAGAGAAAGUGGGCACCUCCCAUGAUGUUGGAGCUUUGGAAUAGCACCAUGACACAACUCCUUCGAUGUGGUAUCCGCCUGGUUCCUUUCCUCCCGGUCCCGUUACGUUACCGCAACCCGCCGUUUCAGAACACGUGUUUUCACCUCGUCUGGCCAGAGGAUGCGUUUCCAUUCCCAUUUCUAUUAUCCAAGUCGAGCGUCGCUCAUAGUAGUGUAUAGUAUGGUACUGCCCGGUGUAGAUUGGUGCACACUUCACAAGCGGGGCGAUCCUGCCAUCGGAGAGGCAGCCGACGGAAAUUUUCUCCCUGCAACCCUACUCCUCCCCUCGUGCCAAGUAUAUCCACGGUUGACUGGAGCGUGGCAGUCGUGGUCGAUGAUCAACAGCCUACAAGCUACGGCCUAGGUAGGUCCGGGAUGGUUAGGUAUUAGUACAUCUCUCCCUCCCCUCUCUCCCCAUGCAACGCAAGUUGUGGGAGGCCCACGGGGUAUAAAGCCUGGGAUGGACACAACCUAGCGCUCGUUACAGGCUGCCUGGCUGGCGACGACUGCGAUGUGGACAU